AUGACUACUACAAACAACAACUCUGUUCCCAAAGUUUCAAAAGUAGACGUCUUGAUCAUUGGAGCUGGCCCAGCAGGACUGAUGGCGGCUACCGGUUUGACUAAGUAUGGCAUCAAUAACAUCAGAAUUAUUGAUAAACGAUCUACCAAGAUCUACACAGGCCAAGCGGAUGGAUUAAAUCCAAGAACCUUAGAGAUUUUCCAAGCGUUAGGGAUCGGUUCUGAGAUUGCACAUGAAAUGAACACAUUUGGUGAAGUCUGUCAUUGGGAACCAAAUGCUAGUGGUGAAAUCAAAAGAACCGCGAGAAGCUCAGUUAGUCCACCCGGCAUCUCAAAAUUCCAAUCAUCUUGUUUACAUCAAGGUAGAAUUGAAGAACAUUUAAUGAAUAAUAUCGCAAGAUGGUCAAUGUCAGCAAGACCAACCAAUGAUGGCUCAAACCAAUCACCAACUUCAAAGAAAGUCAUUGUAGAAAGAGCAGUUUGUCCAGAUUCGAUCCACUUACCGCCAAUUACAUCUUCGCCAUUAUCAGAUAAAGAUGAAGAUCAAAUCACAUUAACAUUACGACACUUGUCAGAAUCUGAAGCUAAACCUGCACAAUUCUUACCAUCCACAAAAGAUGGUCUCUUUAGAUCCAAUGUAUUCGAUAGCGAAGCCUCAGACUUAGAUUCCAAUCCCAAUGGCUUACCCGCUGAAGGAAGCUUAGAGACUGUUCAAUGUAAAUUUGUUAUCGGUACUGAUGGAGCUAGAUCUUGGACUAGAAGCGCUUUGGGAUACAAAUUAGUCGGUGAUAGUUUAAAUUACUUUUGGGGUGUUCUAGAUGGAGUACCUGCUACAGAUUUUCCUGAUAUCAGAGGGGUAUCUCUCAUACAUUCUGCUGAGAAUGGCUCAUUGAUGAUCAUCCCACGCGAGAGAAAUUUGGUCAGACUUUACAUCCAAUUACCUCAACCUAUUCCAGGUCAAAGACCAAAUCGAGAUGAUAUCACCCCAGAAAAAUUGUUACAAGUGACCAAUUCGAUCAUAGCUCCGUAUACUCUCCGUAUGCCUAACGUUGAUUGGUAUACCUGUUAUGAGAUCGGUCAACGGCUUGCCGAUUCUUGGCAUUGGAACAACAGGGUCUUCAUCGCGGGCGAUGCUUGUCAUACCCAUUCACCCAAAGCAGGUCAAGGCAUGAAUACCUCUAUGGCCGACACGUUCAAUUUAGCUUGGAAGUUAGCUCAUGUUUUACAAAAGAAAGCUGACCUUAAGAUCUUAGAAACUUAUGGAGUUGAAAGAUCAAAACUUGCACAAGAAUUGAUCACAUUUGAUCAAAAAUUGUCGAGUCUAUUCUCAGGAAAACCAGCUAAAGACAAUGAAGAUUCGAAUGGGAUUUCAUUAAAAGAAUUUCAUCAAACCAUUGAAAAAUCGAAACAUUUUAUCAGUGGUACAAGUGUCAAUUACGAUUCAAAUAUACUGAUCUUUAAAGGAGAUGACAUAAAUUCUAUCAUCAAAUCAAAACCAGAGUUAGCAAAACAUACACCGAUUGGAACCAGACUUUUAUCAAACAGAGUAGUUUGCUUAUCAGACGCCAACGUUUCUGAAACAUUGGAUUUAAUUCCUGCAGAUGGUAAAUGGAAGGUCUUGAUCUUUCCAGGUGAUAUCCAAGCAAAUGAAGAUUGCAAAAUCAAAUUAGAUCAAUUAUCUGAUUUCUUAGCUAAUGAUAAAACGAGCCCAAUCCAACGAUUUACUCCUGUUGGACAAGACACUGAUUCGGUUAUAGAUUGUAUUACUAUUGUAUCUUCAUCCAGAACUGCAUUAGAAUUAACUCAAUUCCAUCAAAUCUUAAGACCUCUUCAAGGUCCACAUCGAUUUGGUUCUUACAAGAAAAUAUUUACAGAUGAAGAAAGUUAUCAUGAAGGUCAUGGUCAUGCUUAUGAGAAAUAUGGUAUCAAUCCAAAUGUAGGUUGUAUCAUUGUUGCUAGACCGGACCAACAUGUUUCAUUAAUCUUAGAUUUAAAUGAUCAUCUCGCAUUGAGUUCAUUUUUUGAGCAAUUUAUGAUCUCACCUCAUUUUACUCCAAGUUCCUAA